CUUCCCAAAAAUGUAUUUCAUUUUUAUCCACUACCAUUAUCCUACUGGUUCUGCUCAGACAGGCCUCAUGGAUCUGAAAACUCUUCACUUGAUGUUCAUUCUGAUCUCAGUUUCCCAUGCUCAACAACGCAUUGUGGUCUCCCAGCCCAGCUCUGCUGAAGGCACUGAAGGUGGUUCCAUCACCUUGCACUGUUCCUACAACUCUACCUCAAAGAUCACAGUUGGCAGUUACCGGUGGGUGAAGGAUCCCAGUGUGACAGUCAGAAACACCACCCAGGAAUUCCUGGGGCGAGUGAAUCUUACCUCGGAUCAGGGUUUCCUCUUGGAGAGAAGAGCUGAUAUAGAGAUACAGGAUCUGAGGCAUUACGACUCGGGGAUGUAUAGGUGUGUGGUGAAUAUCCCAGGACUCGGGGUUACAACAGGGAAUGGGACUGAGCUUUGCGUAGUUAAAGAAGGCCUAAAAGGAACCAAAGUUGUGCUGCAAGGGGACAUCAUGGUGCUCAUCUGGCUCCUCCUGCGUGCCGUCCUGUGCACCUUUGGGAUUACCACGACUGCUCUGGUGACGCGUCUUUAUUACGAGAAGACAAUUCCACAGAACAGGCCAUCACACAGCAGAGAGAAUGAACAUAAAGCAGGAAGCAGGAAGUGAUAGCCACAGCAGCAAAUGCACCAAGAACGGCCACAAAUCAUUCUCUUUUCCCUUUCCCCUCUUCGCUUGUCUAAUCCAGUAGAUCUCUUCUCUUCACAAACUGAGAAGCCUCACCACAAGAAAGA